AUGACUAGUAGCUGUGGAAGAGAAGGUGUAGGAGGAGCAGUGAGACAGUAUAUAAGAUCAAAAGUCCCUCGUCUCAGAUGGACUCCUGAACUUCACCGUUGCUUUGUUACUGCCAUUCAUACUCUUGGAGGCCAUCAAAAGGCUACUCCUAAACUUGUUCUUCAGUUGAUGGAUGUCAAAGGCCUCACCAUUUCACAUGUCAAAAGCCAUCUCCAGAUGUACAGAAGCAUGAGAGGUGAAAUGGGAAGACAAGGUAGAAACCAAUGUUUUGAAGAGCAUGAUGAUGGAUGUGUUGAUGAAGUGAAUGAACAUUCAUGUUCAAAACUCAUGAGAGAAGAAUCUGAUUCCUUCCUUGGCAACAGCAAUAUCUUCUCUAAAAGAGCUAGAAUCGAGAGAAGUUCUAUAACAACAACUAGUCUGGUGCAACGCAGAGAAAGAAGAAGAACAUGUGGUGAUGAUGAUGAUGAUGGUGGUGCAGUAACAAUAACAAAUCCGUACUGCUUUUAUGACCAUGAACUGCUGCACAAGAAAAAAGGAAUAAAAGAUGAAGAAAAGUUUUAUGGAUGGCAGAGAAAGAUUCAACCACAUUUUGGCAUCACUUCUUUCAAAUCUCCAAACCAACCAUCUCAUUUCUCUCAGGUUGGUAAUGGAAAUGAGAAAAAGAGGGGUUCAUGGUCAAUGAAAGGAGUUAUGGAAACUGACAAAGCACAUGUAGAAGUUGAAAGUGAAGGAGGAGAUGAGUUGUCAUUGUCACUAACAUUGCAAAAUGGUUCAGCUCAGACAAGUAAUGGUUGUUAUUCGGCAAGUGAAAUCAGUGAGGCAAUUUCAUGCUGGACAACUCCUUCUAAAGACUGCUAUAGAACAUCUAGUAGUGUUAAAGCAAAGAUUAAUUUAGACCUAUCUUUAGCCAUAUGUGGUAAUUGA